AUGGCCUAUCACUACGCCCACUACCUCGAACAUGUCGCCGCAGCUGGGAAGCAGCAAUAUCCUAUUCCGCUGUAUACAAAUGUAUGGCAAAACUAUGUGGGCGAAGACGGUGACAAUGACUUCCCCAUUGUUGCUGGGGGCGGUGGCUAUCCUGGCGAUUAUCCGUCGGGAGGCGGCACAACGAAUGUUCUCGAUGUUUGGCAACGGUUCGCUUCAUCGUUGGACUUCAUCGCACCCGACGUCUACUUGAACGAGUACGCUAGCUCGUGCCGCAAGUAUCGGCACCGCAACCAGCCGCUGUUCAUACCUGAGCAGCGGCGUGAUGACUAUGGGGCUCGGCGCAUCUGGACUGCGUACGGAUCGUUCCAGGCCAUUGGGGUAUCGCCUUUCGGAAUCGAUACCCUCGAGCCCGCCACAAAUCCAUUUACCAAGCAUUAUGGACUCCUCGAAUCGGUUUCGCAGAUCGUCCUCGACGCCCAAUCACGCCCAGACGCCUCGGUCGGGUUCCACUUUGACGAGCUUGCGGCGGACGGCAGCGACCCUUCCAGACCAGUUGUCAAACAUUGGGGAGGCUAUGAGGUGACAAUUGAGCGGUGCUUCGUUUUCGGAAAGGCUGGACCUGGUGCUGGAAUGGUCAUCCAUUUAGGAGGACCAAAGUUCCUUUUGAUCGGCUGGGGGUUCCAGGUCCGAGCUCGAUCGUUGUCGCCGACUAGCACCUUCACCGGUUUCUUGCACUUUCGGGAGAAACAGGUUGCUAACAAAGAAACGGGGCAGCUACGAACUCUUCGGAUUUUGAAUGGAGACGAGACUCGUAGUGGGAUCUUUGCCAUGAUGCCGCACGACGAUCCUGACUACGGGGGCUUUCCGAUUUGCGUUACAAUCCCGGCUCACACGAUGAUCGCCGAAUUGGAGGUGUACUCCAUCGAGGGCAAGGAUGACGUUUGA